UUAUCAGCCCUGGCAGAGCUGGUUUCUGACGUGUUGAGCCCCUAAAGUCCUGCUAUAGGGUGCUCUAGGGCUUGGCCCAGUUGCCUGCUGCUUGCACUUAAAGAGGGGCUGUGAAGCACCUUGUGACAUAUGGGAACAAGGCAGGGCAGUGGUGAUAGACUCGGUGAAAACAGGCAAUGCUGGAUCUCAUCAUCCUCAGCCUUCAUUUCUUCAUCUGCUUUCUCAUCUCCAUUGCAAUCUGGUGUGGACCAAAGGAUAUGGAAUCACACACCUCAAGCACAGGAGGAGCUGAAACAGAGCCAGAUGGUCUUAUAUUCAUUGGCAAGGAAGAGGACAUAAAGAAGUCACAAAGAAUAACAGCCAAAAUCAAUGGCAGAGAAAUUGUUGUUUUCUACCAUGAGGGAAAAUUUAAUGCUCUGGACUCUCGCUGCUACCAUGAAGGAGGCCCUUUAUGUCAUGGAGAAAUAGAGGAUAUCAAUGGUCAAGCGUGUAUUGUUUGUCCUUGGCAUAAGUUUAGGAUUACCUUGGAAACAGGAGAAGGAUUGUAUGAAGGAAUAAAUCCUCUGGAACCAACACCAACACCAAAAUGGCAAUCAAAAGGAGUCAAACAAAGGAUUCAUAAGGUCACAAUAGACAAUGGAAAUGUUUAUGUGAGUCCUCCAGAUUUGUCUGUGAGCUUUGACUCUGAUUAUUUUGCUGACAAGUACAAAAAUGGUGGUGAAUUAGCUAUGGGAAAACAAAGCCACUCAGAAGCUGCAGAGUAGGUCAUGGACACACAGCAGAAUCCUGGGGAAUGCGAAAAUGAAGAAUCAUUUUUAGGAAAUAAAAAUGUACUGUUCCAUGAAGGUUGUCUCCAAAUUAAAUUCUAAUGUGAAUGUUAUGUUAAAGCAUUGAAAUACAUAGAAAUGAGUAAGAUAAGCCCUGAAUUGUCAGAAAUAAGCCUGAUCUUGUGCUGAGGAUUUUUUUUUGCGCUUACAUUUCAAAAAAGACUUAUUACAGCAGAGUGCCGCACAAUAUUUGAUGUUUUGCUAGGACUAUAUUAAAUUUUAAGAGGGGAUAUCACAUAAUACGGCUUAUGAAACUACAUAGUUUAAGGUAGAUAGUCAGCUGUAAAGGUUAUAUUUAUAUACUUAACAGUUUAUAUUUCUGAUGCCUGUGGUAAAAAUGACAUGGAAUUCUUCAACAUUUGAGAUAUUUGUGCGAUCUCUAGGUAUUUAUUUAGUGCCACAAAAGGAAGUACAAAGCUUCAGCAUAUUUUGGUGCACUCUUUUAUGCCAAUUUGUGCAUUACUUUCUUGAGCAUAUGGAAGUAUUUAUUAUCCUUCAUCUAACUGAACUCCUCUUGUUUGUUCAUUGAAUAAUGUGGCAAUGAUUUAUUACGUAUAGCUUGUUCUUCCUGAUUCUGUUGGCUAAAGUGAGAGCUGUUUGUUGUGAUAUGUGAACUAGUGGCUCUUUUUCUCUUGUUCUAACUUAUUGUAAUCACAUUUUUAUACAUUCAUCUGAAAAAAAUGUGCUUUCUGUGUAGAGGUGUUUUUCUGUGUGUGUUCACUGUACAAUGUCAGAUCUGCCCCAAAAACCCCUUCCAAUGAAGUUUCCUCCUGAGCUCUGCUGCACUCCAGGAUAGUGGGUUCUGCUGUUCAGCCUGUGGAGUGCAGAGACACCCUGUGAACACAGAGCAUCGCAGAAUCACUGGGGCUGAAAACACCCCUAAGUCCAUUGAGUCCAACUGUUAAAUCAGCACUGCCCAGCCCACCACCAAACUGCCACAUAUGUACAUCUUUCAAUACACCAUCCUGCAUGGCUGCAGUUCUUCAGUGUGGGUUUUUUGUGUGAUUUGGUGGUUUUUUUUGUGAAGUGUCAUUCAUGAUCAGGUUCAGUUUGUAAUGACUGCUCUUCAUCUGUAAGUUUCUCUUGUGUUUGCAGCAGGCCUUGCUUUUAAUGUGUGUCAUGGGUAAUUAGGCCUGUGUCAGCACUGCUGUUUGUACAAAUGUGUUUAGAAGUAAUGAGGCAGAGGCAAGAAUCAAAGGAAAAUUUGUGCCACAUUGAUCACAAUGAAAAAAGCAAAGUACAUAAUCCAUUCAUUUCACUACAUCUAAAUUGAGAGAACGUCCUCUGGUCGUGCCUCCUCAACAUGAUUUUUGCAGAUGACAGGGGAAAGUGACACCUUGAAAGUGCUGUUGAGCUGACCUCCCCCUGUUUCACAUUUUAUAAGACGUACAGCACAGAGAUGCUUUUCUUGUCAUCUUCCUCUUCCUCCUCCUUCAUGUCCUCUCCCUGGCCGGUCAGCCAGCCAGUGCCAAUGAUCAGAUGCCUGCCUUCCGUCAGGUGAAUCAUGUCUUGGUUGUCUGCUAGUAAAUACUGUUGUGUACUGACUAGCUCUGUGAUUUGUUGGGUUUUUUUUAUUACUAUUUGUUUGCUUUUAAAUGGAUAUGUCACUUCUCCUUCUGAAGCCAUGGGGUAGAUGGCAGGAAAGUGGAGCAGGUGCCCUGGGGGCUUGGGUGGUAUCAAAGAAUUGGAGAAUGGAGAAUUGCUGCCCUUCCUUUCCUCCUCACCCAGCUACCUGCACCUGUGAUUAAACUUGACCGCAUUGUGUCCUGGUAAAAGACAUGGAUCAUGUAAAGGGAGAGUAUUGCAAGACCUUCAGAUACACCUGCAUUAACUCAUGUGAUUGCUGAGACAGUAUUUUUAUUGACUUUUCUUGAAGUAGUGCAUUACUAGAAAUUAACUCUUUAAAUUAAUAAAGAUGCAGCUCAGUUUAAGAAAGUACUGACUGGACAAUAUGCUAUUAUCUGUAUGAUGCUUAAAGAAUUAUGGAAAUUGGGAGUUUUAUUUGAAAGCUUCAUGGACAUAUUCAUACUACCAGAAGAGUGCUCAGGAUUUUUCAGAAUUGCAUUUGCUGGUUAAAAUUCAUAAAAGUGUUUAUUCAUGGGCUUAUGCUUAAUCAUAUUGAAUAAAUGCAGCUGCAUGUCCAGCCAUAGGUAAAUUGUUUUUCUCAGUACUUCUUAGGUACAAUAUAUACAAUAAAAGCUUUUAUGGU